AUGUCCAGGUGCUACACGCCGGAGCCUCAGGCGAGUACCCAUGACACACGAACUAAAAAUUGUUUACCGUAUACCCGCACAUUUACACCACAAGUAAGUAACUUAGAGUCAGACAAGCCCGACUCAACCAGGGCCCUAGUAGAUGCUCUCAAAUUGUUGCAACGAAUCAGUAACAGAUUUGCUGAUGAGAAUAAUAGUGAAGACGAGUCACCGGACAGAGCACUAUCUUCGGGGAUAGGACCCUCGAUGCCUUCCUUCAAUGAGAACUCAAAGCUUGGAGCCGUUAGCGUCGCUGGUCCCAGCGGCUCUAUACCACAGCCAGGGGUCAGUCUUUCGAUACCGUUGCUGGACGAAGACGUUGAAGCGGAUGGCGCUGGAUCAAGUGACGAUCAAUGA